AUGCAUUUAAAAUGCAAUCGUGGACCAUCUCCUUUGUGUCUCGAUUGGCGUGAAAUAUGUGAUGGACGAAUAGAUUGUUUUGAAGAUGGAAUUGAUGAGGUAAAUUGUAUUGAAUUGGAAAUGAACGAAUGUGAGAAAAACGAAUAUCGAUGUCAAAAUGGAAUGUGUGUACCUGAACAAUUCUUAAAUGAUAGUCCUCAAAAUCCAGAUUGCUUAGAUAGUACUGAUGAGAAAGAUGAAGAGUUGGUUACUGGCAACGAUGUUGCCGCUGAUGAUUGUGCAAAAGAUCCAGCGUUUCGAUGUGAAGAAUCACAUCAUUCCCAUAUUCUUCGAAAUUUUGUAUGCGGUGACGGGCAAGAGACGCAUUUCAGAUUAUUUGAUCAAUUAAUGCGACUUUUUCGAACAUGUCUUUUCGUCGAUGUAAGCGGUAAUGAAACUCAUUGUCGACAUUCGUCUUUAUUUCAUUGUCCAGGCACAUCUAAAUGUAUAUCGAAAUAUCGAUUACUUGAUGGAAUUGAUGAUUGUUAUGGAGGUGCUGAUGAAAAAUAUGAAGAUUCAUGUAACUUAAAUCAAACUCAUCGUUUUCGAUGUACAUCAGAAAAUAAAUGUAUAUCACCGAUCCUUGUGCGAGACGGAAUCAAACAUUGUAAACACGGUGAAGACGAAAUUCUUUCUUCGAGGAAAAAAAUUUCUUUUCAAAAUCUUUGUAAUGGAUAUGUUCAUCUAUUACCUGAAUUAGGAGAUGAACAGAAUGAAACAGAUGAAACGAAUUGUGAACAGUGGCCAUGCAACAAUCAAUAUACACGAUGUGAUGGUGCAUGGACUUGCAAAAAUGGUACCGAUGAACUCAAUUGUAAUCAGUUCUCUAAAUGUUAUCCUAAUCAUCAUGAAUGCGUAUCUCCUACGACACUUAAAGUGAUAUGUUUACCAGUCGAUGAAGCUGGAGAUGGAAAGAUUGAUUGUUUCGGAGCAACUGAUGAAAGAGAACAUUGUCGACAAAUGCAAUCACAUGAUUUCGCCCCCUAUCGAUGCUGGAAUGAUACGCUUUGUGUCAUGGGAGAAUGUUUUGGCAAUCUUGCUUGUCCAAAUGAAGGAAAUCCGUCUACUUUUUCAGCAUGUACUAAAGAUCCAGAAAUUGAGACUGUUCUUACUAAUUUAAUGGCAGACAAGAUUCUGAAAGAAUGUGAAAAUGGAGGCCAAUGUGUUCAAGAUCAUUCUAUUUGUCCAUCUACAACAAUGUGCAUAUGUCCCGAAUGUUACUAUGGUGGAAAGUGUCAAUUCACAACAAAAGGUUUUAGUCUUUCACUAGAUGUUAUUCUUGCUUAUCAAAUUCGUCCGCAUAUAUAUAUUAGUCGUCAACGAGUUAUUAUAAAUAUGAGCAUUGCUAUCAUUUCAGUGAUAUUAGUCAUAAAUUUGAUCAGUAAUGUAUUGUCUUUAAUGACCUUUUGGUCAAAAAACCUUCGUGCAGUUGGUUGUGGACUCUAUCUUUUUAUCUUAUCGUCACUUUCCAUUCUUUCGGUCAUUAUUCUCACUCUGAAAUUAUGGAUAUUGAUUUUAUCACAAAUGUCAUUGAUCGCAAAUCGUACUAUUCUUUGGAUAAAUUGUAUUUCAAUGGAAUUUCUACUUCAAUCAUUGCUUGCUAUUAGAGAUUGGCUCACUGCAUGUGUUGCCAUUGAGAGAGUAUUUAUCAUAACAAAAGGUGUUAAUUUCAGUAAAAAGAAAAGUAAACAAACUGCACAAUGGAUCGUUAUUACUGUAGUGAUAUUUACCAUGAUUAGUCGUAUCUAUGAUCCAAUACAUCGAAAAUUGAUCGAUGACAAAGAAGAACAACGUACUUGGUGUGUUGUGCGAUAUUCACCAUUAAUGAGAAUCUUUGAUUCAGCUGUACAUAUUUUUCAUUUUAUUAUUCCAUCUUCGAUAAAUUUGCUCUCAGCAAUAAUGAUCAUUGUCAGUGUUGCUCGAACCCAUUCAAAUGCUCGUAGGCAACAAACAUACAGACAAAAUUUGAAAAAACAGCUUCAUCAUCAAAAACAUUUAAUUAUUAGUCCUAUUAUAAAUGUUAUUUUAUCGAUACCACGUUUGAUUAUUUCAUUUCUAUCUGGAUGCAUGAAAUCGAAUCGAGACCCACAAUUAUUUCUAUUUGGUUAUUUUAUUUCAUUUUUACCACUUUCACUAACAUUAAUUGUGUUCAUUUUACCAUCCGAACCCUACAAAAAACAAUUUGAUAUCGUAAUUAAACAAAAGAAACAAUUUAUACGAAGAUGUUGGCAUUUAAGCUAA